CCGGUGGCGCGGGGCAGCUCAGAACCGUGGGGAGUCUUCGCCCCAACUUGGGAGUGGCGACAUUUGCCCCCCAACUACCGUGUUCGUUGCAUGUUUACAUGUUCACAAUUUUUCGUGUGUUAACGUUCUCUAAGAACUAGGAAACCAUAGUUUGGAGAGAGAACUUCCCCCAAGUUAGAGAGUAACUUUGAAUGCAAGUUAGUGACUCACUAGUGAUGAGAAAAUAUAUUUUUCAGCAAAUGAAUAUAAUAAAGAUUCCAGCAGAACUUCCAGGCCAGGGGCAAUGAACAUGCCAAUGCAGGCACAAUCAAUAAGUUUGCUUACUUAUAGCUCCUUCCCUUUCAAGAUUCAUGGCCAGGGCCUCAGCAGUCCUAUCUACAAGGUCGGGCAGCCGGCCAAGCUGGUAUCUCUCUCCAAGGCCAACCCCGAAUGCCUGCAUCUUUUGCCCCUUGCCUUGCCUCCCUUGUCUGGGGACUUUGCCGCAAAUGGUUGUGCCAGCUGAAAAAUGUCCGUGUAACAGAUAUGGAGAGAGUUGUGUAUAAAAGGAACUCUUGGUCUUUAAACGGGUGCUCAGAACUUACGGGGCUCCCCAGGUCUGGGACCUCAUGCAUGAGUAAUAAAGCUUCUCCUGACCUCACCAUUCCUGAAGUACCGCUUAUUCUUCCUCUGCCUGGGUAAAAGGCUGGAAUUCAUUUCUACAGCACUAGCCUUGGCCCCUAGAGCAUCCUUCCAGGCUGGAUGUGCUGGGCGCGAUGCCUCUCCUAACCACACAGAUCCAAGAUGAGAACGACUACAGCUUAGUGGCCAGCCUCGACAACGUCAGGAAUCUCUCCACUAUCUUGAAGGCUAUUCAUUUCCGAGACCAUGCCACAUGUUUCGCUACUAAAAAUGGAAUCAAGGUUACAGUGGAAAAUGCAAAGUGUGUGCAAGCAAAUGCUUUUAUUCAGGCUGGAAUAUUUCAAGAGUUCACAAUUAAAGAAGAAUCUGUUACUUUUCGAAUUAAUUUAACUAUCCUUUUAGACUGCUUAUCUAUUUUUGGAUCAAGUCCUAUGCCAGCAGGGACUUUAACUGCACUUCGGAUGUGCUACCAAGGUGAUGGUUACCCUUUGAUGCUGUUUCUGGAAGAAGGAGGUGUAGUAACAGUGUGUAAAAUCAAUACUCAGGAACCUGAGGAGACUCUGGAUUUUGAUUUCUGCAGCACCAAUGUUAUUAAUAAAAUUAUUCUUCAGUCAGAGGGGCUCCGUGAAGCAUUUUCUGAAUUGGAUAUGACAAGUGAGGUCCUACAAAUCACCAUGUCUCCUGACAAACCGUAUUUCAGGUUAUCUACUUUUGGAAAUGCAGGAAGCUCCCACCUUGACUAUCCCAAAGAUUCUGAUUUGAUGGAAUCAUUUCAUUGUAAUCAGACGCAGGUCAACAGAUACAAGAUUUCUUUACUGAAACCCUCCACGAAGGCAUUAGUCUUGUCUUGUAAGGUAUCUAUUCGGACAGAUAAUCGAGGAUUCCUGUCUUUACAGUAUAUGAUUAGAAAUGAAGACGGACAAGUAUGUUUUGUGGAAUAUUACUGCUGCCCUGAUGAAGAAGUUUCUGACUCUGAGUCUUAACUGUGACAGUUCACUGUGACAUUUCUGUAAACACUCAUGAUAGGUCAUGUUCUCAUUCUGGGUAUAGUACUCUUCAUGAUUUCUUUCUGGCCUUUCUAAAGGGAAGCAACAUGGAGAAGAAAGGAGCACCCUGAGUUGCUGUGUAUUUUGUAAAAAAGAAAAUGUUUUUAUGUAAUAAUCAUAGAUUAUCUAGUACUUUGACUCUCCCAAGUUUCUGUUUUUUGAAUUCAUAGGAAUCCUAAGAUGAGUAAAUUAUGUGUUCAGUUUAAGUAUGACAUUUCAAGAGUCUAAAACUUUAAUAUUUGAUAAAAUCAAUCUGAAAUGUUAUUUUAUUUACUUAUUAUAAAAAGCAAAGGUAUAUGGGCAUUGCUUAUUAGUUUGAAUUCUGGAGGCCCUACCUUAGGUCAGGGUACUUGAAGUGUGCUUAGAUCAGCAAUGUCAGCACCCCCUGGACACUUGUCAGAAACUGUAGGAGUGGGCCUGCAAAAAAAAAGCUUCCCCCAGGAAAUUCAGAUGCUUGUUAAAAUUUGAGAGCCAUUGUUUUAAAGGAUACCUUGUUAACGACAGCUUUUACUUGGACUGGAUUGCUCUUACAUGUGAUUUCUUCUCAAAUAUUCUGAAGUUUAGGCAUUUCCAAACAAGUCUGAAUAACUAGACAAUUGGUUUUUAAAGUAUACAAUUUUGAAAAAAUUUGUGAAGAGGAUACGUACGUCUUCAGAGUUACAGAUUUCUUUCUUCUCAGUAUUGCUCAGUGCAAUAAAUAAUUAUUAGGUACUUUCUGUUUUGAAGUUUCUCAAACAAAGAUACAGAAAACCAGUUAUUAAGCGAUUUUGCACUUUCCUGGGUAAUUUUCAAUGUAAUUAUUUUUAUAUCAUGUAAAUAUUUAAUAAAGUAUAAUGCUAAAAUUAUCUAACAUGUUUCCCAGUAGAAAAAAUAUUUAAAAUGAAAUAUCUGUGCCGUGUGAC